AGAAUAUGGCACAACUGGCGUCGGAAGAACACCGACGGGCUACCCGGUACUAUGUUGAUGCUGUGGGCUUCAUGCGCUGUACCGUUUGGGGUCUAUGCCAUAGUCCAGGCAAGUUUUCUGGCACUUCAACUACAACCGCAGUGUUUCGGCGGUCUCACCCUUAUUGCAUGGGGCCAGACUCUCUACUAUGGAAACAAAUGGAGAGCAUGGACUGCAACGGUAGCUACUGUGGGCAUGAUGGUUGCUUUCGCUGCAUCAGAAGCAAUUCUUAUCCUUACGCUCCGCAUACCGUACUACAAAGGAGUCGAAUGGCCUAUGAUGAUGAUGGCUAUCCUGGCUUCGGUCAUGCAAUGCUUGGGUCUAGUCAUGCCGUACUUCGAGCUGGCCAAACGACAAGGUCGCGUAAUUGGUAUUGACUUCUGGUUCCUUCUAAUUGAUUAUUCGGGCGCCUUCUUCUCCCUAAUGGCACUGGUAGCACAGCAUACCUUCGAUGCGCUCGGUGGAUCCAUGUACAUAGUUGCCAUGACACUCGAAACGGGAAUCGUUGCGUCCCAGGCUAUAUGGCUCUGGCGCGUACGACACAUUCGGCACGAAGCAAAGAAGCUAGGCAUGACAUACGACGAAUACGUUGAUGCGAAUCCGUCGAAGAAGCUGUCCCGGAAAGCAUCCCUGGAAACAGUCGCCGACGUGGAGGCAGCCCACCCCGAGGAACCAGCCGUCCCGAAGAAGUGCCUCCCUAGGACACAAGAGAAGGUCUCCACUGAGGAGCCCACGAAUACGAAAACCAACAGUGCUCAAUUGCAUGAACAGACCCUGGGAGCACCCGAAAAAGCGGUCACCGCGAGCAGAUGA